GACACUUUCAGGGCUGCGCAUACUUCACCCGUAAGUUGGCGUCUCUGCGCCGUUUAAAAGGGACACAGGCGCAUGCGGGAGUUGUUUUCCAGGACGGGCUUGCUAACGUCCGGCGAGCCCCAUUAAAUAUUCCGUCGCGCAGCGACCCGGCAGCCCGUACGUGGCGAACGUUGGCCAAACAACUUCCGCAGACUGUGUGCCAGGAAACCGAAGCUGAAGUCGCAGUUUGGAUCCCUCUGGAUGUUGAGUGCGCGGGCUCUGUUUGGGUUCGGCGUCCUGGUGACCUCGCGAGCCGCUGCAGUUCUCGCUCAGACAGGGACAUGCCCACUGUCCCCUGCAGCCAGCAACCACAAGAGGGACCGUUUCAGUAGCAGAGCAGCAUCCACCAUGGCCCAGACCAUCAAAUAUCUCGGGCAGGAGGAGGCCCAGCACAUCGACGAGGAGCUCUUCAGUGAGUACGGCUUCAGCGUGGACCAGCUGAUGGAGCUGGCUGGACUCAGCUGUGCCACAGCCAUCACACGGGCCUAUCCGCUCACUUCUCUGGUCAAGGCCAGACCUUCUCUGCUGGUGAUUUGUGGACCAGGGAACAACGGAGGCGAUGGCCUGGUCUGUGCCCGACACCUUAAACUCUUUGGUUACGAGCCCACCGUCCUGUACCCGAAGAGGCCAAACAAACCGCUGUUCCAGGGCCUGACAACACAGUGCCAGAAAAUGGAGAUCCCUUUCCUGACUGAGAUGCCUGAGGCCAAAAUGAUCGAUGAGGCUUACAACGUGGUGGUAGAUGCCAUCUUCGGCUUCAGCUUCAAGGGGGCCGUGCGAGAGCCGUUUGGUUCCAUCUUAAAUGUGCUGAAUAAGACCACAGUCCCCGUAGCCAGCAUCGACAUCCCCUCAGGUUGGGAUGUGGAGCUGGGCAACGCGGACGGACUCCAGCCCGACAUGCUGAUCUCUCUCACUGCUCCCAAGAAAUCAGCCUCCCUGUUCAGAGGACGAUACCACUUCCUUGGAGGCCGCUUUGUGCCACCCGGCCUGGAAAAGAAGUACCAGCUCAACCUGCCUCAGUACCCCGGCACGGACUGUGUGUUACAGCUGUAGGCGAUUUUUAGGAAUGGAAAGCUGUAGGGUCUCUACAAGGAAUAUUUCAACAUUUUGGCAAAUAAUGCUCAUCUGGUUUCUUCCUUAAGAGUUAGACGAGGAUAUCAAUACCAGGCUCAUGUCUGUACAUCAAGUACGGAGUUGGAGCCAGAGGUUGACUAAGUUAGCAGUGGAAAACCUGCUAGUCUGGCUCCGUGCUGGUAGAUGAGCUGUUUUCUCCUUUUUCCAGUCGUUAUGCCAAGCUAACCCUAUUGCCUGCUGCCUGUUGAUUCAAAUUUAGCGUGCAAACGUGAGAGAGGUAUCAAUCUUCUCAUUUAACCUUUUGGAAAGUGUAUUUUCCUAAAUGUUGAACUGUUCCUUCAGAUCUGGGAGUUUGACUGCUUCUGAUUGAGUGGUUGUGGGAGUGAGUUUAAGGCGGUAAGGUUUUAUAACAGAGCUAUAUUAGCUCUCUGCAAGAGUUGUCUUCCCGUGAAAGCACUAAGCUUGAACAUGGUGUUUGCUUCAACUACAUGAAAAUAAUAAAAAAAUAAAUAAUAAACAUGA